GCUGGUCUGCAAUACAGUUGUGCUGAAAUAAAUAGCAACAGUGUCUGCUGAAUCCUUCUUUCCUGCAGAGGAACAGCUCCAAUCUGGACGUGCAAAGAUGAAGAUUGCUGUGAUUGGCCAGAGUCUCUUUGGACAGGAAGUGUACAAAGAACUGAAGAAGGAUGGCCACAUGAUUGUUGGUGUAUUCACCAUCCCUGACAAAGAUGGAAAAAUGGACCCACUUGCGACUGAGGCAGAGAAGGAUGGCGUGCCAGUGUUCAAGUUUCCCCGCUGGAGGCUGAAGGGAAAGGCCAUCACAGAAGUGGUGGAUCAGUAUAAGGCAGUUGGUGCUGAACUGAAUGUUCUUCCUUUCUGCUCUCAAUUCAUCCCUAUGGAAGUGAUAGAUCACCCAACACACGGGUCCAUCAUUUAUCAUCCCUCCUUGCUGCCCAGACACAGAGGUGCCUCUGCCAUUAACUGGACUCUGAUUCAUGGUGAUAAGAAGGGUGGGUUUACUAUAUUCUGGGCAGAUGAUGGACUGGACACAGGACCAAUUCUUUUACAAAGAGAAUGUGAUGUGGAGCCAAACGACAAUGUAAACAGCAUCUACAAACGCUUCCUGUUCCCAGAGGGAGUCAAAGGCAUGGUGGAGGCAGUCAGGUUGAUUGCAGCAGGUACAGCUCUGAGAAUAAAGCAACCAGAGGAAGGAGCCACAUAUGAGUGUAUUCAGAAGAAAGAAAAUUCAAAGAUUGACUGGAACCAGCCAGCAGAAGCCAUUCAUAACUGGAUCAGAGGAAAUGACAGAGUACCUGGAGCCUGGGCAGAGAUUGAUGACAAAAAUGUUUCAUUUUAUGGAUCAACACUGUUGGAAAAUGAUCAUUCUUCAAGUAAUGGUCAACCUCUGGAAAUCCCUGGAGCAAGUCGACCAGGUCUGGUUACCAAAAAUGGCCUUGUUCUUUUUGGGAAUGAUGGCAAGAGGUUACUUGUGAAGAAUAUGCAGUUUGAGGAUGGGAAGAUGAUUGCUGCAUCCCAGUAUUUUAAAGCUGCUGUCAGUUCCACUGUGGAGCUCUCUGAGGAUGAAAAACAAUUUGCUCAGCAGAUGAGGGUGGUGUGGAAGAGUAUUUUGACUAAUGUAGAGAAGGUUGAAGACAGUACUGACUUCUUUAAAUCUGGUGCUGCUUCGAUGGAUGUAGUCAGACUGGUGGAAGAGGUAAAGUUGAGGGCAGCACAGUUGCAGUUGCAGAAUGAGGAUGUUUACAUGGCAACAAGCUUUGAAGAGUUCAUUCAAAUGUGUGUGAGGAAGCUGAGAGGAGAGGACGAGGAAGAAGAGUUCACCGUAGACUAUGUAGAAAAGAAACUGAACAACAUGACAAUCCGAAUCCCACACCAGCUUUUCAUAAAUGGAGAGUUUGUAGAUGCUGAAGAGGGAAAGACCUAUAAGACCAUUAACCCCACUGAUGGACAGGCAAUCUGUGAUGUGUCCUUAGCUCAGAUCUCGGAUGUGGAAAAAGCAGUGGCUGCAGCUAAAGAAGCAUUUGAGGAGGGAGAGUGGGGCAAGAUGAACCCCAGAGACCGAGGCAAACUACUCUACAAACUGGCUGAUCUGAUGGAGCAGCAUCAGGAAGAGUUGGCCACUAUUGAGACCAUAGACUCAGGAGCAGUCUAUACUCUUGCCCUCAAAACACACAUCGGCAUGUCUAUUCAAACAUUCAGAUAUUUCGCUGGCUGGUGUGACAAGAUUCAGGGCUGCACUAUUCCUAUCAACCAGGCUCGACCUAAUCGAAACCUUACCUUCACCAAGAAAGAACCAAUUGGUGUGUGUGGAAUUGUCAUUCCGUGGAAUUAUCCACUGAUGAUGCUGGCAUGGAAGACUGCAGCCUGCCUAGCAGCUGGAAACACUGUGGUGCUCAAACCUGCACAGGUCACACCUUUGACUGCUCUCAAGUUUGCUGAAUUAACUGCAUUGGCAAAGUUUCCGAAAGGCGUGGUGAACAUACUACCAGGAUCAGGGUCUCUGGUUGGUCAGCGGUUAUCUGACCACCCUGAUGUUCGAAAACUUGGCUUCACCGGCUCCACUGAGAUUGGCAAACAGAUCAUGAAAAGCUGUGCAGUCAGCAACGUGAAGAAGGUUUCUCUUGAGCUAGGAGGGAAGUCUCCUCUCAUCAUUUUUAAUGACUGUGAUCUGGACAAGGCUGUCAGAAUGGGUAUGAGCUCUGUGUUCUUCAAUAAGGGAGAGAACUGCAUUGCAGCAGGGAGACUUUUCAUUGAGGAAUCUAUCCAUGACACUUUUGUGGAGAGAAUGGUGAGUGAAAUAAAGAAGAUGAAGAUUGGUGAUCCACUGGACCGUUCCACAGACCAUGGCCCCCAGAACCACAAAGCUCAUCUGGACAAACUGGUGGAAUACUGUGAAAAGGGGGUCAAAGAAGGAGCAAAAUUAGUAUGUGGAGGGAAACAAGUGAACCGUCCAGGUUUCUUCUUUGAACCAACUCUUUUCACUGACGUGCCGGAUCACAUGUAUAUUGCUGUUGAGGAGUCCUUUGGGCCAGUCAUGAUCAUCUCCAAAUUCAGUAAUGGAGAUGUUGACAAAGUGCUGCAGAGGGCUAAUGCUACAGAAUAUGGUUUAGCAUCAGGUGUGUUUACACGUGACAUCAGUAAGGCUCUGUAUGUGAGUGAAAAACUUCAGGCCGGCACUGUGUUCAUCAAUACUUACAACAAGACCGAUGUGGCUGCUCCUUUUGGUGGCUUCAAACAGUCUGGCUUUGGCAAAGAUUUGGGACAAGAAGCUCUGAAUGAGUAUCUAAAAACUAAAUGUGUCACUGUUGAAUACUAAUAAAAUACUGGACAUAUAGUGCACAGCAUAAAAUGAUUGCAUUUUAAUGCUCUAAAGUGGCAGCUAAGGACCAUUUCAGUUUAGCCUUCAAGUAAAUUGUCAUGACUUAGUAAUUAUUUGUUUUGUGUGUAAUAAUGGAUGGAUUACAUUUCAGUUGAGGCAAUUAAGAAAAAUAAAUCACAAGAUCCUCUUUAGUUCUUACUUUCCUACUCUUACAUGGUACCUGUAAAUGUCUUACUGUAUAUAAGCUCAGAGAAUUCAAGGAUCAUACAUUAGAUUUGUAUCAGUUAUUAUAAUGAAUGUUGUUUCACUAUAUCAUUUAUUUUGAGAUAAUUGUUUGAGAUAAAAGUUGAGAUACUGUGAAAUAAUGCCUGACUAGCCAUCAAAAAU